AUGGACAACAAUACUAUGCUCACUUUCACGGAAAAUGAUCUGAGAUUUGUUCUAUACGGACAAGAUUUGAGCAAUGGAAAUAGUCAGAAGGAUAUUGUUUAUCCUUCAUACCUACCUCUCCCACAUCAAGUAGUGAUUGCUCGAUCGACUUUACCCGGUGCCGGGCUUGGCGUGUUUGCAACAUCCAAAAUAAAGCCUGGUACAGAGAUGGGGCCGUUUGUGGGAACGAUUUUGCACCACAGAGAUCUCAACAGUAGUAUGGAUAACUCAAAAACAUGGGAGGUAUUCGACAAGGAUGGGCGUGUAUUGUAUUUCUUGGACGGCGGGACGAGGAAUCCGGCCAGCUGGCUGACCUUUGUUCAAUGUGCUCGAUCGGAACUCGAACAAAACUUAGAAGUUGUCCAAGCGGGAAAAGACAUAUACUACCGUGCAUUACGGGAUAUUGAACAAGAAGAAGAACUUUUGGUUUGGUACGGCCGGUCUCAGAACCUAUAUAUGGGAAUACCAGACCCAGACUUGGAUGACUUAAGCAGCAUGAAAAACAAUAACAAAUUGGUUGAGGUAGAGAAACGGUUUGAUGGGGAGGAAGCCGAUGUAACGACAGGGAAACUUCGUUGUGUGCUAUGUAGACGUGGUUUUAAUUCAAGAAGUAACCUGCGGUCGCACAUGCGCAUUCAUACCCUAGAAAAACCAUUCACAUGCAGAUUUUGCAACAGACGAUUCAGCCAAUCUUCGACAUUACGAAAUCACAUUCGACUACAUACAGGUGAGAAACCAUACCGGUGUCAGAUCUGCACCAACUCUUACUCUCAGCUGGCAGGUCUAAGAGCACACCAAAGAAGCGCUAGACACAGGCCUAAUACUUCGUAA